GUUCCUUGUCUGUUGUAAAGAGCACUUCCUGACAAAGUCGCUGUAUUAGUAAUAGCCUUUUGGUACUACAUUUCUCAGAGUCCUCCUGUUCCCCAAUGGCAGAGCCACAGCCCUCAGUCCUGCUGAACACGGGGGCACAGAUGCCCCUCCUUGGCCUGGGCACCUUCCGGCUGCGUGGUCCAGAUGAAAUGCACCAGGUCAUAGAUGCAGCGCUGACAGCUGGGUACCGUGCUUUUGACACUGCGGCUGUGUACCGGAACGAGGCAGACCUGGGCUGUGCCCUCAGGAACCUGCUGCCCAAGCACGGCCUCACUCGUGCCGACAUCUUCAUCACCAGCAAACUUGGUCCACGAGACCAGGGCAGCAGGGCCCAGGAGGGGUGCAUUCGAAGCCUGGAGCAGCUGGGGCUGGACUACAUCGAUCUUUACCUGGUGCACUGGCCUGGAACUCAGGGCCUAAAGAUGGGAGAUGAGAGGAAUCCAGGGAACCGUGCUGAGAGCUGGGCGGCGAUGGAGGAUUUCCACACCAGCGGAAAGUUCCGGGCCAUUGGGGUCUCCAACUACACCCUGGGCCACCUGAGGGAGCUGCUGAAGGGGUGCCGGAUGCCCCCAGCCGUGCUCCAGGUGGAGUUCCAUCCCAAGCUGGCCCAGGUGGAGCUGAGGGCCCUGUGCAGGGAAUUGGGUGUGUGCUUCCAGGCCUAUUCCUCCCUGGGGGUGGGGUGCCUGUUGUCGGACCCUGUGGUGCUGGGCGUGGCCAAGAGGUGUGGUCGGAGCCCCGCCCAGGUGCUACUGAGGUGGGCGGUACAGCAGGAAGUGCCCGUGCUGCCAAAAUCCUCACAGCCCGAGAGGGUGGCAGAAAACGGGCAGAUCUUUGACUUCCACCUGAGUGAGGAGGAGAUGGGGAGGCUGUCUGCCCUGGACUGUGGAAAGAAAUACUGCUGGGACCCUUCAGCUGUUGUCUAGGAACCAGUGUGGGCCUGGUGAGCCACGACUCUGUCAGCUCAGAUAUGGGUAUCAUUGUGGAUUGAACCAGAGCUAGUCAGCCAGCAGAAUUCUAGAACCAGGACUUGGGCCUAUGGUGUCCUGUUUGCCUUCAGAAUGAACCACGUGACACCAGUCCAAGCUGUGACUCCAGGCUCAAUGUUAUUAAUCCUCUUCCUUUUGGUGAUGUCUGCAAGUUAAGCUAAACCCAGACACAAAUGGGGCAGAUUCACCAGUCUGGGGAUAUGUCAGUUUCUCUGCCUUUAAACUGCAAGCCAUGUUGGGUUGUCUCAUAUUUGUGCCCUUCAGGGGUGGUGGCUAUGAAGACUGGAAACCAGAAACCCUUUCUGAAUGGCAGGGCUAGAGUCCAUGCCCUCUCAAUACUCUUUAGAGUCAUGCGAGCCAAACUCUCCAACUUCUUAUUGCUUCCUCAUUACCUG